AUGUCGGGAGUCGUGUCGGUCUCUGAGGAAGGAGCUGUCUCGCUGGAUCCCUCCCGAGUUGACGAGUACCAGUUGGCUGUUGAAGUGAAAGACAUGGGCGACCAGAAACUUGGCCACUUCACACGUGUUAACGUGACCAUCCGUGUAACUGAGAACAUCUGGCUUCCCCCACCUGCUGUCACCGUGUCAGAAAACCAUGCAGGCCCCUACCCCAUGGUCAUCUCCAAGGUGCAAUGGAAUGCGGACGGUGCCCGUUACCACUGGAGCGGCCGCACGGCCAACUGGCAGAGCCAUUCAGCAUUGGUGACGAUGUACUUGUUGCUGAUCAGUGCUGUGGACAAGGCGGGGAUGCUGUAUGAUGAGCCUCUGGAGCUGACGGUCACAGUCAGUGAUGUGAACGACAACGCACCGGCUUGCUUCCCCCACAGUUACCGGGCAUUGCUGAGAGAGACGGCCCCCGAGGGCACGGAGCUGGUGACACUGGGAGCUGUGGAUGCUGAUGAUCCCAGCACAGAGAACGCACAUCUCUCUUUCCGGCUGGUGAGGCAGACACCACUGGCCCCCGGUGACCCCGUCUUCACUGUGACCCCUAGCGGCCUGGUCACAUUGGCCACAGCCGCCCACAACCGCACCGCGGCCCGGUACUCACUGAACAUCACCGUGACUGACCGCGGGGGCGAGGAGGGAGUACGGCCCUUUCACUGUCCCGAGGACACAGGCCUGGCCUCUCCCAUAGCCACGCUGAACGCCAGCGACGCUGACCGUCCCGGUACAGACAGCUGGUUCAUUACCUACACCUUCCUGUCCGGGAACCACAACCACACAUUUCACAUUCUGCACGACAGAGAGAGUAACACAGGCCGCUUAGUGCUUAACAAGACCCUGGAUUACGAGACAGAGCGUGAGUUCACGCUGAUCAUCGCUGCCCGGAAUGAAGUGGAGCUGGUGGACAGUGUGUACGGACCAAGCGGCACUGCCACAGUCAGCGUCACCGUGCAGGAUGUGAACGAGCCCCCGGUCUUCACCCACCGCCAGUACCAGGUGUCGGUGCCCAGAGACAUCACUCCCGGCAGCUCACUGCUGACCCUCAGCGGCUACGAUCCCGACACCCCUCAUACCCCCAUCAGGUAUCACCUGGAGAAAGACAUGCUCGGGUGGCUUUCAAUCGACGGCUCAGGGACGGUGAGCACGGUGCGGGGGCUGGGCUGGGAGCUGGCGGGGACCACCUACACCGUUUUGGUGGUCGCUGAGGACACAGAAAAUACAUCUUUAUCUGUCGCUGUACCUCUGCUCAUUCACCUCGAAACCCCGACAGAGGGACCGGGAUUGGGCCGGGAGGGGCUGGGGUCGGGGCUGGUGCUGAAGAAAACCUCGGGUGGGGUACUGUGUACCCCUCGCCGUGAGGCGCAGUCGCUCAGUAUCAGGGUCACCACACGGGAGGGGACAGAGCCUGCAGCCCCCCUGGUGCUCACCCUCGCCUCGGACGCCCUGAUACAGAGAAACUGGCGGCUCCAGCAAACCAACAACACACACGCUUAUCUGACCUUUGGGUUCCGCUGGGUGACUCCUAGGGUCCACCUGGUCGCUAUUGUCGUUUCAGUCUCUGGCCCAGCCACAGCAAGUCAGAGCCAGAGCCUAACCCUCCCAGUGACGGUGUGUACCUGCGGCUCCGGUGAUUAUUGCCGGAUGGAGCUGGAGCCGGUGACGGGCAAACCCACCAUCCUGUCGGCCGUAGCCAUCCUGGGGGUGCUUUGGGAGUCGCGGCCUUGAUCCUGAUGGUCACCUUCACCCAUCUGUCUGUGAGGAGGAGGCGGGAGAGUGUGAAUCCCGAGGCCCUGCCUCUCCAGCCCGCUCGAUACUAAUUGGACAGUGAACGUUCGCUGAGGUGGGGCCACAUACCAGUGCUGUGAUUGAACGUUCAGCUCUUACACUUCUCCUCCAAUCAGGGUUGAUCAUUCAAUCAGUCACUUUCCUAUCUCCCUGGGACCGCACAGACCAGCGUGUAAACCGUGUGUAAAUCGUGUUGAAACCACGUGUGCUUUAUGAAUUUGGGUGCAACCAAAGUCUAAAUGCAUGUGUACAAAGGAAAUUCUAUGUACAAUGUGUAAACCAUGUGUCAAUUGUGUGUAAACCCAUGUGUACAGAGGGAAUUGUAUGUGUAAACCAUGUGUCUGAGACACCAUUCGGGGUGGAGGGCACUAUAUAAAUCCAAGUUGUUGUUGUUGUUGUGUCCAUUGCGUGUAAACCCAUGUGUACAGAGGGAAUUCUAUGUAUAAACCAUGUGUAAACUGUGGGUACAGAAGGAUUUCCAGGUGACUUGACUAAUGUGGCUUUUCAACAAUUCCUUUCCAUUGGUGGUAAAUUAUGUAAUUAAAGGUGACCCACCCCAUGCACAUGUGUUUGCCCAAUACACAUGGUUUACACAUGGUGCAGUGUUGACCCCAGUGACUGGAAUCUCUAGUUCUGACACUGAUUGUUAAAUACAUUAUGAGAUAAUUACGUCACUGCUUCGUGCUGUCCGGGUGCGUGUGACGUGCUGCUGCAUAAACCAGCUUUGUGUAACACUGAGAUUGAUUUUGCGAUUGUUCCAUGUGUUAAUUAUCACAUUGGGUGAACCAGAGGGGAACCUUCUCUCUUCCUGUCUCUACUUUCUCUCUCUCUGUUCUCACUGGUGUUGGUCGCAAAGCCAGGCUUGAGAUGAUAGAAUUCCGGACAGCGGCUGGUUUGGCAUUCCCAUCUUCUAUGUCCCAAAUCUCCGGGAUCCUAUCCGCUGAUCUGGUUGAUGGAGCUGGAAUUCCUGUGUAGCUGCUGUUCGCUCUGCCUCUGUGCCGUUGCUGUGGUGAAGGUCUCAGGGCCUUGUGUGAUAACCACUGAGAUAGUUUCUCACCAUCAUAAACCCACCGGCGUCUGGUCAGUCCCCCAGCCUAGGGUUGCUCACGCUCUGAGUCUCUGCACUGUCUCUGCUUUCCCCGUCACCUCCUGCUAAUCUCAGAAUCACACUCACCGCUUUGAUUUUUAUAAUUGAUUGUCAGAUCAGAGACUUGCCGUUAAUCCCAAUGCAAAUACUCACAAUCUAGCAAAGUGCCUAUUAAACCACUGAGCACCGCUCACUCACACAGUC